AUGCGCCAGUUCAUUAAAUCGCCUGAUGGCAGCUAUGGAAAAGUAAAAGCCUUCUCCGGAAAGCUUUUGCUCUUUAAAAGGAUAAUGAGCAAGGUGGGUUAUCGUCUCCUCGCCCCCGUCCGCCAGUGGCGGCAGGGAGGAGCGCCGGGGACCGAAACUCAGCCGUCACCAGUGUCCGGGCAGCGUGUCCGCGCCCGGGGGGCGGCUCCCCACCUCUUGGGAGGAUGGGGACCCGGGACGCCCCAUAGAACUCUCACAGUCAGACGAACACGAGGAGCUCCAAAAACAAAGCGAGUAGCUGGGGGAAGGGGCGGGCGUGACGGGCGCGGGGCCGAGCACACACACAUUGCUCUGAGCGCGGGCGCCGCCUGCCAGCCCGGCCGACCAGCCUGGGAAGGGCACGCGCGUGCCGGCGCCCCGUUCCCGUCGCCAGGUCCCGCCCGCCAGCUGCCCUCCGCACCUUGCCUGCGCCCGCCCGGAGCCAGCGAUCCUUCACGCACCCAGCAUCCAGUGAGACGCGCUGCGCACCGACGGAGCGGACAUGGGCAGAGCGAUGGUGGCCAGGCUCGGACUGGGGCUGCUGCUUCUGGCACUGCUCUUACCUACGCAGUGGGAGUGCUUUUUCCUGGAAGCACACGCUAUUGGAUUUAUUCAAAUCAAACAGCUACUGUAACACCUUCAAGUAAUUCCUCCCAGCAUACCUCAGCUGCCCCCAAUCCAGCGAAUGCCACCACCAAGGCAAAUGACGGUGCUCUGCAGUCAACAGCCAGUCUCUUGGUGAUCUCGGUCUCCCUUCUACAUAUCUACUGUUAAGAGACUCAGGCCAAGAAACAUCUAUACUUCCCCAUCCUCUAAACCCAAUUCAGAUGGCAUCCAGACAUCCAGUGUGACAAGGGAAAAAAAAAAAACAGGUCUUCAUUGAAUGAAUCUGUUAGUUCCACACCUUAUUUUAUUGACAGAAACUGUUGAGGAUCCCAAAUUUGAUUGGUUUGAAGAGCAUGUGAAGGGUUUGACUAGAUGAUGAAUGCCAAUAUUAAAUCUGCUGGAGUUUCCUGUACAAGAUGAAGAGAGACAACAUCCAAAAUUAGUUAAGAGGUGAUUUCCUUAAAUGUGGCUUAAGAAGUAUGGACACAUAAAACUCUACCUUGAAAGUGAGAAUAAAUUUUAUCUUACCUAGAGAUAAAGAAUGGGAUGUGGAACAGAGAUUCAGUUUUCAUUUGUUCCUUAAAUUUAUAAGGCCAUAAAACAAUGAGGUAAAACAAAGCUUCUGUGAUUCUAUUUAUAUGUACAUUAGAAGGAACUUCCAGGUGUUACUGUAAAUCCUCAGUGUGUUGUUUCAGCAGUACUAAUUUAAUGCUGAUGUACUCUAGAGAAAAUUUUAUGUUAAGCUAUCGCUGUUCUCUUGGGAACUGAACUCUUUCCCUUGGGGUUUGGGUUUGACAUUGCAUUUGAAUUUUUAUAUAGUCAUUGAUAUGUACCAGGGCAAUGAUGGAUUGGAAUCUACCCCAAAUCCAAGCAUAAUGAGUACAUUUUGCUUAUAUACUUAUCAACUAUUCUUAUUCAAAAAGAGCAGUAGAUUCAUUUAGCUAAACAGAUAACAAAGAGUAGAAUUACAUUGAUCUCAACUAAUUUCAAAAUGCUUUUUCUGCAUAUGUCGAAUACUUUUUACAAUUUAAAAAAUGAUCUGUUUUGAAGGUAAGAUUGACAAAUCUUGAAAUUAAAAAGGCAAAUAUGUGAAGGAGCUAAACAUUUGGCAAGGGAAGACUGGAAGCUUGCUUACAUUAAAUUCAGAAAAACUUUUAUACUCUUUUCUGUAAAUACUUCUUUUUAAACUGAAUCGGAAUAG